UAUUGACUCCACCCCAAAAAAGUCAGCAAAAUAAAUAAAUAGCAGCAAAUUUCUUACUCUUUCCACCAUACACAAUACAAUGAGGAGUCUGUUCACCAAUGGUAGGGAUCGGGAAGAACAUCCAAACAGAGGCCAGAAUCAUCAUGACAAUAGAAAAACCAAAAGAAGAAAAAGAAGAAGCAACAAUGAAUUUCAGAGUCAAGAAGAUUCUCAAGACUCAGAAACUAUUAUUGAUCCUCCCUGUCCUCCAUAUGUUUUACCCUCCGAUCAUCAUCAACCUAUCCUCGAUUUUGCUCCCGACGAUGCAAAACUCCUCACAGAAUUCGCCACUCGCCACCCUAGCUUCCUUCUUUCAGAACAGACACACUCCUCUGUCAUGAGAAGAACAGCUUAUGAAUAUUUCACUAGUUUCUUCAAAUUUCUCCAAUCUCAGUCUACCUUAGAGUUGUUAACAACAUUAAAAUCAUCGGUUUCUGCACAACUUAAUGUUAUCAGGUUAUAUGGCUUCAAAGGUGAAUGGCUUGAUGAAUUAGAACUUCGUCUCAGUCGUCAAAUUCCACUCGACGAAGAGUUCCAAAAAAUGACUGAACUUGAAGCUUCUUAUUCCAAACAUAUUGCUGACAUGGAGGAGGAAUAUGAAUUGUUAACACAGAGAUUAGUAGAAUUGAGAGGUAAGUUUAUGGCUGGGAAAGAAACUAUAGAUUAUCUUUCUGAUAGGAAGAAGAAAAUUAUGGAUGAUAGAGCAAGCUUAAAUGUCCCUUUUACAUUUUAAAAUGGCACUGAUGUAGCUGACUGCGUGGAUGCGAAACCGGCUGACUACUGAGAAUCUGAAUUCUUAUUUUGUAUACCGAUGUUUGUUCUUUAAGUUAAACAUUUUCCUUGAGUUAAUCAUUAUUAUUAUCGGA